AUGUCCAGCGUCGAAGAAGCACUUAGUCUCGUUCCUCGCGCUUACCAGGAAGAGAUCUUUGAACAAGCGCAGAAUGGCAAUGUCAUUGCAGCACUAGACACGGGCAGUGGCAAGACCUUCAUCGCAGCACUUCUCAUCAAAUGGGUCAUGUCGCAGCCAUCUCAAGCCGGAAAGAAGACAGUUUUCUUGGUUCCAAAGGUCCCGCUCGUGGAUCAGCAACGCGACGUCCUGUCUAAGCAAACUCCACUCAUUGUCCGAGGCUAUGUCGGUGCGAUGGGUGUUGAUGCCUGGGACAAGGGCCGAUGGGAGCUGGAGUUCUUGCAAUCAGAUUGCCUCGUUAUGACAGCCCAGAUUUUCAAAAACAUCCUUGUACACGGAUACUGGAGUCUCGAUCAGGUUGCUCUUUUGAUUUUUGAUGAAUGCCAUCACGCUCGGAAAUACCACCCAUAUAAUGCAAUAAUGGUGGACCACUAUCGCUCAAGUGAAUGGAAGCCCAAGAUUUUCGGAAUGACGGCCUCGCCAAUUUGGAAUCGGGAAAAGCCUUUAGAAUCAAUAGAGACUCUGCAGAAUAAUUUAUGUUCAAAAGUAAUCGCUGUACGCCAACACAUGGAUCUGCUCGACCAGCAUGUCAAUAGACCUAUAGAACUCAUUGUGAGGUAUCAAAACCCAAGCGAUGAACAUUAUGAUACUUAUUACAAGCCGUCACUCUGGGACUAUCUUCAUUCAGACGAGCAAGUUAUUAGCCCGAUAUUGGCGAUCAGGGAUGCGGAAGUUCGCUACAAGGUCACGCUUAACGCAGUUGGACCAGCAGGGGCGGAUUAUUUUCUAUUGAAACAUGCAAUACACGCUGUGGAGGAGUACGAGUUACGCGCAAUGAUGCCCGAAAUAUCUUCGCGGUCUAGGAAGAAAGCAUCAUUUACAUCCGACACGAUUUCAGACUCCGGGAGAAAUGAUGACAACGAACUUGCUAUUGGGCUUGAGAAGCUACGCUCUGCUGUGUUAUCGUUUCGCAGGCGUUUACUAUCAGAUGGUCGAACUUUACCACCUGAAUGGCUUUCGCCAAAACUCCGAGCAGCUGUUGAUAUUCUAGUUAAACACCGUUCAGAAUCAUUUCAAGGUAUCAUCUUCGUCAACCAAAGGCAGGUCGCGAAGGCGCUGUCAUGGAUCCUCGGCCGCGUAUUGGAGACGAAAACCUGGCUUCGUUGUGGAGAAUUGAUCGGACAUGGAGAGAGCUCGAAGAGUAGUUCAUCAGGCAAAGGGAUGGAUAUAAAGAGGCAACGGGAUAUUGUGCAAUCGUUCAGGUCUGGAAACCUCAAUCUCUUGAUCGCUACUGACGUCGGAGAGGAAGGCCUCGAUUUUCCCGCUUGUGCACUUGUCAUCCGCUAUGACUCAGUCAAGCACAUGGUUGGCUAUGUCCAGUCUCGAGGUCGCGCACGCCAGCAAAAUUCGACUUACGUGGUAAUGGCUGCGGAGAACGAUGCACAGGAGAUUGCUCGUUACAAGGGGUUGCGCAACGCCGAACCCGAACUGAGGAUUGUAUAUCAGACGAUGAAUGCUGGUGGAUCAUCGGGCGAACUGGACAAUGGUGACGAGCUGGAUAAUGAUUACGUCGAUCCUUUGGACCUUGCCUCUCGCGAAACCUAUACAAUACCUUCAACUGGUGCCACUCUGACCUAUAGCUCUGCCAUCUCGUUACUCAGCCACUUCUGCUCGCUAAUACCUGGAGAUUCGUACACGCGAUCUCUGCAGCCAAAGUAUAUUAUAGAGUCUGCAGACAAGACAGAGUUCACGGCAACCUUGCACCUUCCCCGAGCGCUGCCUCUAACUAGCGACCAGCUUCUGUACAAUGGUCCGCCGAAACGGUCGAAGAAAGAAGCUAAACGUGCUGUCGCCUUCAUAGCAAUGCGCAUGCUACAUACCUUGGGAAUUUUUGACGAUUAUCUUUCGCCGAUCAAAUCCCGGAAGGGCAUGAGCAUCGAGGAUGCAGAUGGGCGGCCCAUUGCGAAGGUUAAUGCUGUGGGCGUCAUGAUGGAUGUACUUGUUGCGAGUCCGUGGAGCACUGGUCCACCAUGGCAUUUGCAUGUUCUCCGUAUCAACGAUAAAUUCCACGCUGGCUUGGUUUGCGGAAGAUCUCUCCCUGAAGUUGACCUGGUGACACGGGGAAAAUACGUUCAGGUCCACUCCCAAGCGUCGGUAUUACCUUUCGACCUAACUUUGGUCCAGCUGGAUCUGCUAGAAAAAUUCACGAGGAUGGGAAUAUGGUGGCGUGUUACGGGCAGCCCAGUCACUUCUCCUGUUGCUUGCUUCCUAGUUCCACUUGACCAACAGGGGAAUAUUGAUUGGUCCGCGAUAGAGAGGGCGGUAACCAACGAGAUCGGAACCUACGAUUGGAGUGACGUUAAGGACAAUGAUGAAGGCAAGGUCAUGCUCAUGAAUUCUAGGAGAGUCGGUCGAGUCCUCCGUUUCAUACGAUUUCGACCUGAUUUAUCUGUGGAUACAAAGCCUUCUCCUACAACUAUCGAGGGAUCAUUCGACACAUAUGCAGCGUACUUCGAGGCAAAAUACUCAUUCAAGUACAAGAAGACAGAGCAUGUCCGCAUCGUAGCAACGGCAUCAGGACGUAUUGUUGAAGUAUCGGAAAUGCCGCGUUAUCCUUCAUCAGGUUACAACUUCCGCGUUUCCAGACCGCAACAAGACGCGUAUGAUACGCAACAGUCAAUGGCAACGUUCCUUCUCCCAGAAUCGUACUGUAGACGAGCUCUUUUCCAUAUGGAUAUUGUCGAAGCCUUUCAGGUGUUCGCAUCUGCUUGCCAGCGUGUUUGCGAUGUUUUCCGUGCAAGGGUGGCUCGGAAUUUUCUCAAGUAUCCUCCGAUUCCAGAUAACUUGAUUGUCGAGGCUCUAACUCUUCCUUCCGCGAUGGCUGGAUUUAACAAUCAGCGGCUGGAAACUAUGGGUGACAGCGUCCUCAAGCUGUCAGUCGUCGUAUACAUAUUCAAUGCAUUCCCGAACAGACAUGAAGGCCAAUUGACCGCUCUGAAGGAGAACAGCGUUUCCAACCGCCUUCUCUUAGCCCGCGCGAAAGAAGUACACCUAGAGCGCUUCUUGACUAGCGAGAACCGGAGCAUGCGAACUUGGCGGUUCGAGCGAUCAUCUGUUACAAGUCUCGGAACCUGCAAGAUAGGCUCGGAAGAAAUAGCUCUCGCUCACAGAACCUUUCCUCGUCGAAGUCUACAGGAUUGUAUGGAGGCUUCACUCGGCGCGGCAUACGUAGCAGGUGGACUUAACUUCGCCCUUCAAACAGGCACUGCAUUAGGUCUUUGCUUUGGUGGCCCCACUCCAUGGCCAGAGCGAUAUCCGUUAACUGAAUUUGUGCCUCCGGCAGCCCUUUUCGGAAAGCUACAGGAAGAUUUACAGUAUACCUUUCGCAAUGGAAAACUCUUAGUUGAGGCAGUCAAGCAUCCAUCAUUCGACUUUCUGGAGAACUAUCCAUGUUACCAACGGCUAGAAUUUCUAGGUGAUGCUGUCAUUGAACUUGUCGUAACGACAUACCUCUAUAACAAGUUUCCUGGGGCCAACUCAGGUCAAAUGUCAUGGGCACGUGCCCGAGCCAUUUGCAAUACCACACUAGCUGCACUUGCAGUGAAUCGGCUUUCAUUGCAUAAAUAUCUGCUAGCUAACUGUGUGGAAUUGUCAGAGGACGUGGCAAAGGAAGUUGAGAUACUCUCCGCCGCUUCAUACGAGGAUGUAUCCUUGAACGAUUGGAGAUAUGACCCACCGAAAGUUCUGGGAGAUAUAUUUGAGAGCGUUAUUGGCGCAGUGUUUGUGGACAGUGGAUUUGAUUACACGAUUACGGCGCCGAUUAUCGAGGAGUUGAUGAAGGAUGUCUUGGUGUUACUUCAUCCUGACAUUCCUUACGAUCCCGUCUCAAGACUGUUGCAAUGGGUCGCAAAGUCGGGUUGCAUGAGGGCGAAAUUCCAGAGGACCCAAACCAACCCACGCGUGAACCGGAAAGACGGCGUAGUCGUGCUGAUACAUGAUCGCAUCGUAGCUGGACCCAUCACCGCAGCAAACAAGCCGCUCGCGAAAGGCCUCGUAGCAGAAAAGGCAAUGCAAGUCCUGGCCGAUGGAUCUUCCGAAUUCGCAUUACGCAAGAUCUGUGAGUGUAUGCGUGUAGAAGACGAAGAAGAGCCUCGCGAUCUGCCUGAGAGAAACACUAGAGAGAAAGAUCUUGAUCUUGAAACCACCGAGGGAUUCUUGAGGGCUGGUAGUGUACGUCUCUCGGAGGUUGAAGCGGAUGAACUGGCAAAGGAGGUAGAAGAAAUGAACGACGACUCAGAGUCGUGGGAGCUUGAAGAAGUGGAGUUGCUUUUGGACACGUCGUCUGGACCCGCAAGUGAAGUAGAUGGCAUGGAUUGUUCGUAA